GGGCGAGACGGGAAGUUCUGCCAGUGCUAAACGAAAAGAUUCUUUGAGACAAACACGCAGACCCGAUUUUAGUAUAGUAGUUAAUGUAAAUGGUCUAAAAGUUGAAAUUGCUUAUCUUGAGACUGGCCGACCAGACUCUAAAUCAAGCAAGCGAGAUUUCGAAGGAGGAGAAUUAUGUUUUCCUCAACUUCAAGUAGUUGUACAUCUUCUAUCAGGACAAGUAGUGGCAUUUGCAUCCCGCAUAUUGCUUCAUGGCAAUUUUACAGUUAUAAAAGGCAUCCGGCAUAGUAUUGUGUACUUUGUGCAUAAUUCAUUUUUUCAUAAUUUAUGGGAUUUUGAUCCUGCAUAUAUUGAGGCUGGAAUUGAGAAAGGUAAUGGGCCAAUAGUUUCUGAUAGAGCUCUGACAAACCCGAACCGAAUCAAACAUGUUUGA